UUUCCAGUUUCCACAUUUGGUUUGAUCCUGCAAUUCCCUCAUAUGAAAUCUGAAUAUUUCAUGGUGAAGACCGUGCGUUGAAAUCAAACAGGGACGAGAUCGAAGCAGCGUUGUUCUGUCACAACUUGAGCUCGCUCUUUCUACUAUCUCAUCAAGGUAGAUACAAAAUGGAUUAUCGAAGGAGCAGUGGUAGGCAGGAAAGUGGGGGCCGUGGCCGGAGACAAUUUAAAAAGGAAGAGGCUCAUCAGGACUCCCUUAUUGGGGAUUUGGCAGAGGAUUUUCGUUUGCCAAUCAACCACAGGCCAACAGAAAAUGUUGAUCUGGAGAAUGUAGAACAAGCAUCUCUGGACACACAGUUAACAUCGUCUAAUAUUGGCUUUAAGCUUCUCCAAAAGAUGGGAUGGAAAGGAAAGGGUCUUGGGAAGGAUGAACAAGGAAUCAUUGAACCAAUCAAAUCUGGUAUGAGAGAUCCAAGACUGGGGCUUGGUAAACAAGAAGAGGAUGACUUUUUCACUGCAGAAGAAAACAUCCAGCGAAAAAAACUUGAUGUCGAGCUGGAGGAGACAGAGGAAAAUGUGAGAAAGCGGGAGGUGUUAGCUGAACGUGAGCAAAAAAUUCAAACUGAGGUGAAAGAAAUCCGAAAGGUGUUCUAUUGUGAUCUCUGCAACAAGCAAUACAAAUUGGCAAUGGAGUUUGAAGCACAUUUGAGCUCUUACGAUCACAAUCACAGAAAGAGAUUCAAACAAAUGAAGGAAAUGCAUGGUGGUAGUAGUCGGGACGAUAGGCAAAAGCGAGAGCAACAGCGUCAAGAGAGAGAAAUUGCUAAGUUCGCUCAAAUUGCUGAUGCUCAAAAGCAGCAACGGCUUCAACUGCUGCAAGAGUCUGGAUCAGAACCAGUUUCCUCUGAAACUAGAACUGCUACUCCACUUACAGAUCAGGAGCAGCGAAAUGCUUUGAAGUUCGGGUUUUCUUCUAAAGGAAGUGCUUCCAAGAAUGUGAUUGGUCCCAAGAGGCAAAUGGUUGCAAAGAAGCAGAAUAUUCCAGUGUCCUCUAUAUUCAAUAACGAUAGUGACGAAGAGUAACAGAAUCUUAUUUUGCAGAUCUGAAUGAGGAUGAUGUCAUAUCCUCUUGCUUAGUUUUGAGUAAAAUCAGAUGUUUUUAUUCAGACUUUGUCACCAAUGUCAGUUUAAGAGGGAAAGACAUUUGGGUUUCCUUGUUGUUUUGGAGUUGAGUGCAAACUGUAUGUUGCAAUUUCCUAGUUCUUAUCCAUGUGUGCUAUGAUCAUGUUUAUGUGA